AGAGAGGGCAGUCAUGAGCCGCCAAGAGCUAACAAGAAUAGACAAGUCAACAACCAACGGUGAAAAAGUCAAAAGAAAGGCUUAACAUACUCCAUUUCUGCUCAGCAUUCAAAGAUCACCUCUUGAAGAAAUCCCCUUCAUCCAAUCUCAACCCAUUUCCCUUUAUUGGGUUUCACGUCCUUUUCUUGCUCAACAACCAGGUAAUACCUCUUUCAUAUCUUUCUCUCUCUUGGGGUUUCCAUGGUUUCUGUUUCUGUAAAUUGAUAUUGAAUUAGGUUAUACUGCAAAACAUGGCUUCCCUUAAUAGAAAAUUGCAUGCUGCUGGUGCUGGUGAUGAGCCACCACUUAAUCUGACCCAAUUAUGUAAACCCUCUUGUGAUAGAAAAGAACCAGAAUUUUGCUUUCCUGGGUGUUCGAUUAUAUGUCCCAAAGAGUGUAAGCUUCUGUAUAUACCUCCACCAAGUGAUCCAGUCUCCUCACACCAUUCACACAAAGCUUUAAUCUUUUUGUCUGUUACAAUAGCUCUUGUUGCAGCCAGUUUUCUAGUUGUUUGUGGCUAUGUCUUUUACAUGAGGUUUAAUCGUAGAAGGAAUGAGUCUGAGCAACAACAGGAUGAAACCCAUCUUGAGUUUUUUGAUGAAGAUCAUGGACCUGUAGUUGACCAUCCCAUCUGGUACAUCAGGACUGUUGGUUUACUUCCUUCCAUCAUCGGUUCCAUCACGGUUUUGAAGUAUAAAAAAGAAGAAGGCCUUGUUGAAGGUAGUGAUUGUUCGGUUUGUUUGAGUGAGUUUCAAGAAGAUGAAACUCUUAGACUUUUACCCAAGUGUAGUCAUGCUUUUCAUGUCCCUUGUAUUGAUACUUGGCUUAGAUCACACACGAAUUGCCCUUUGUGUCGUGCUCCGAUUGUAACAAGUUCGGCUGCCAGGACGCCUUCCCCAGAGCCGAGUGAUGUUGAUUCUAGUCCUGUGGAAGAAACCCGAAUCGAUAUUUCUGUCGAUAAUGAAGAAUUCAGUGGUGAAAAUGAGGAUGAGAUUGGUGAGUUGAGGACAGGAACAGGGGAGGAAAGAAAGAGAGAUGAGUAUUCUGAUGAUGAAGUGGAUAGAGUACAACCAAGUAGAAGAUCUGUUUCUUUGGAUUCUUUUUCAGCUUCCAAGAUUAAUCUCUCUCUUUUGAAAGUCCUUGUUGAGGAAACAGAUGAGAAUUCUGAUAAACAAUUUGAAGUGGUUAACAAUAGAUUGGAUUCAGUAGAUAGUGAAAAGAGAGCUGGUGAGAAUCAGAAGUUGCAGAGACUUAAAAGUAGUAGUUCUUCAAAUGGAAGAUCACUUCAAAGUGGAGCUAUGUCAAUGAAGAGAUCAGUUUCAUGCAGUGGAAAGUUUGUACUGUGCAGGCAAGUGUGAAGCAGUGAUGCAAUUCUUCAUUUGAGAAGCAUUUGAUACAUUUUUCUUCAAUUUUGCCUGAAAUCAAAAUUAAGAAAAUUCUCAAUAACCAACCUGAGAGCUGAAAGUUUUCAGAAUUUAGAUACCAAAAUCUGCAAUAAUGUUGUGUUUGUUUAGUGAAAGGGUCAUUAGUUAGUAAACUCAGGCUAUCCCAAAAAUGGGAUUUCAGAUGAUAGUGAUACCGGAUUUACCAUAUUGUUCUAUGAAGAAAGUAAAGCAAUUGUAAGUGAAAUUUUUUCUUCUGCUGAACUGAACUAAAAUUUAUUGGUAUAAGUCUGUUGUAUCUGACCCAAAAUGGUUCAAAUGUUUGUGAACAAUAUGUGUGCUUGCAAGUGUAUAUAUAUAAAAGCUUUUUGUCA